UUUUUUUUUUUUUUUUCAGUUUUGCUUGCAUUUGACUGUGCGAAUCUCGUUAAACUACGUCGUUCUAAGAAGGGUUCAGAAAGAACCCACGAUAUAUAUAAGUAGGUUGAAUUCCUGGUGGAUUCAUUUUUUUUGCUCUUUUGCUAUAACCAAAUACCCACACAUUCACAAUGGCUCCAAAAGUUGCAAUUAUUAUCUACUCCUUGUACCACCACAUCGCCACCUUAGCUGAAGCUGAGAAAAAAGGUAUUGAAGCUGCCGGUGGUCAAGCUGACAUUUUCCAAGUUCCAGAAACUUUGAGUGAAGAUGUCUUGAAAGCUUUACACGCUCCAGCCAAACCAGACUACCCAAUUGCUACUAAUGACACUUUGGUUAACUACGAUGCUUACUUACUCGGUAUUCCAACCCGUUACGGUAACUACCCAGCUCAAUUCAAAGCUUUCUGGGAUGCCACUGGUGGUUUAUGGGCUCAAGGUGCUUUACAAGGUAAAGUUGCCGGUGUUUUCGUUUCCUCUGGUACCUUAGGUGGUGGUCAAGAAACCACUGCCAUCAACUCUUUAUCCUGUCUUGUUCACCACGGUAUCACUUAUGUUCCAUUAGGUUACAAGAAUGUUUUUGCCCAAUUUGCUAACAUUGAAGAAGUCAGAGGUGGUUCUGCUUGGGGUGCUGGUACUUUUGCCGGUGCCGACGGUUCCAGACAACCAUCUAAAACCGAAUUGGAUGUUGCCGAAAUCCAAGGUAAAACCUUCUUCGAAACUGCCUCCAAAUUAUUUUAAAUUGGUAUGUCCAUAUGAUCUCUUCAAUUCUUUAAAUAUUACGAGUAGAAUAUAAAUUUAUGUUUUUUUUUUUU